AAUCGUUCAGAGUUUUUACAAUGAAAGUGAUACGUUGGUUGAUACUUCUUCUUGUAGUUUUAAUAAUUGCUGGUGUUGUAACUGCUUUGAUUUGGCUUUUCACAAAUGAAAGGGAACAACAUAUUUACGAGUUCUCAAAAGAUUUCAAAUUUGGAGCUGCAUCAGCAAGUUACCAAAUAGAAGGUGGUUGGAAUGCUGAUGGAAAAACACCAAAUAUUUGGGAUACUUUAGUUCAUACUCGACCAGAACUCAUCAAAGACCAAUCAAAUGCUGAUGUUGGAGCUGAUUCUUAUCAUUUUUAUAAAGAAGACGUUAAAGCAUUGAAAAAUGCAGGGUUGGAAGUUUAUCGAUUUUCAAUAUCUUGGGCACGAAUUGUGAAUGAAACAAAUGUCAUAAACCAAGCUGGUAUCGAUUACUAUAAUAACCUAAUAGAUGAGUUGAUUAAAGAAGACAUCGAACCAUUAGUCACGAUGUACCACUGGGACCUUCCACAAUAUAUUGAAGAUUUGGGAGGAUUUCAAGACCCAAUUCUUGUUGAACACUUUAAAUUUUACGCAAAUGUUCUUUUCAAAAGCUUUGGUGAUCGUGUCAAACGUUGGAUAACAUUUAAUGAGCCUUGGAUAUUUUGCAUUGAUGGUUACUCGAGUGCCACGAAGCCACCUUUGAUAGAAUCUCCUGGCUUUGGCGAGUAUUUGUGUGGUCAUCAUAUGUUGCAAGCUCAUGCUGCAGCUUAUAAACUUUACAACGACGAUUAUCGCGAACAACAGACAGGAGAAAUUGGAAUUUGUUUGUUUAGCAAUUUUUUUUAUCCCGAUUCUGGUGUUUCACCAGAAGUUGCUGAGAAGACACAACAAUUUCAACUAGGUUGGUUCACACAUCCAAUAUUCUCAUCAGAAGGAAAUUAUCCCAAGAUUAUGAUUGAUGAAAUUAAAGAUAAAACUGUUGACCAACCACUGUCAAGAUUGCCCAUAAUGGAUGAUGAGAUGAAGAAUAGUUUAAUUGGUGCUGCUGAUUUUCUGGCUUUAAAUUAUUACACAAGUCGAUUAGUUGCUCCAAUGACUGAAGUUCACGGAGAACGCAGUUGGCAGAGUGAUGUUGGAGUAGAUUUCAUUAUUGACGAGAAAUGGGAGAAAGCAAAAUCCUGGUGGCUUUACAAUGUUCCACAAGGAUUGCACGAUCUACUUAAAUGGAUAAAAGCGGAGUACAAUAAUCCAACAGUUUUGAUAACAGAAAAUGGAUAUUCCGACGAUGGGCAGCUUGAUGAUGACGAUCGUAUAAAUUACAUUAAAGCACAUCUUGCAGCAAUUCAUAGGGCUAUUCAUCAAGAUCGUUGUAAAGUCGUAGCUUACACUGUUUGGAGUAUUAUCGAUAACUUUGAAUGGAUGGAAGGAUUCACUGAAAAGUUUGGGAUUCACGCUGUUAAUCUCACAAGUCCUAACAAAGAAAGAAUCGCGAAAAAAUCCGUGUCGUUCUUCAAAGACUUAACAGACCAAAGACAAAUGAUUUUUUAAACGCUUUUAAAUUGGUUAAACAGCUUUUUAUCUUUUUCGAUUCAUGUUAUCUUUAAGUGUCCCUUGAUAUCAAUUGCGAUGAUUUAUUUUUCAUCAUUAAAGAAAAUAAAAGUUUAAUUCAAUUUUUUUUCAUAUAAUUUUAUUAAAUUGAGAUAUAGAAAUUUUAUUUUUCAUACAAACUUAAAGCUUUUUGAAAGAAACUUGAAAUCAUUUCGCUAGAUUUUUGAUAAAAAUAUCUGAACACAUAUUGUUGAUCCUCUGGGAGAAGUGUAAGGAUUUCAUUGCUUAAAUUUGGAAAGAAUUUGAAUGAGACAAUAAAUGUUAAUGAAAAAAUGAUUAGAACAAUAAAGAAAGUUGUCAGCAAUCGAAUGAAACAUGAGCGUUUUGAAUCAGUCUUUAAGACUAUUUUAGAUUGAUUUUGUAUGAUCUUUUCGGUCUUCUCCGUUACUUCAUUAUAAGAAGAUUUUUGAGCAACGUUUACGUCAGUUGUUUUCAUCUCAAGUUUCUCUUGUCUUUCACGCAUAAUUCGCUCCUUUCGAGCUGCUUUUUUUGCUUGCCAAACUCUGUUACGUUCUUCUUGAAUUUCUUUUUCCUUUCUUUGCUGUUCUUCCUCUUCUUUCUUUUUCUGAUCGCGAAGGAACUCGGCUUCUAGAACCUUCAUGAAUGGAAUUACUUGUUUUGCAGCUUCUAGACAAUCUUUAGAUGUAAGACAUGGACCAACAACUUUUAGUAAUGCUGGUUGAAGUGGAUUUCCUUUCAUAUCUAAGUAGCGAAGUUUAAUUAAAUGGCC